AUGCUUACCUCAUCAAUAAACUUAGUCGAGUUAGCACCCAACUUAGACAUAGUACCCCUGAAGUCAGUGACCAAGGCUACAGCCUUAUCGUACAGAGAUUGGGAGCCAUUCUUGAUGUCGUUCAGUACCUCGCUGACAUUACUAUACGUACUGCCUUUGCUCAGCACCUUCUUCAGGACAGCACGGUCUUCUGUAGUCAAGCCAUCGUAG